CGUUGCUGGUUGCUGUUUGCUCGUUUAUGUGAUUCGUUGAUUCGUUGAGUCAGUCGUCGGGUAAUUUUCAUUCGUGCGGUUGUCUUUGAAUUGAUAGUUGGUGUUUGUCUAUUAUAUUAGCUAAAAUUUGCAUAUUAAAAAAGCGAGUUUUGAUUUAGUUUAUUUUUUUAAAUUAUCCAAAGAAAUAUUUUGGAAAACACUCCCGAUUUUUUCUUGUCUCCGUGUUAGUAAAAAGCCGUCAAAAUUGAAUCCACGAAGAUUGACGAGACUUUUUCCUCCUCUUCGACUGCGAUGGAGGAUAAAGCAACAACAAAAGAUCUGGAUCAAUGGAUUGAGCAGUUGAACGAAUGCAAUCAAUUGACGGAAACACAAGUGCGAACCUUGUGCGAUAAGGCGAAGGAGAUCCUCUCAAAGGAAUCAAAUGUUCAGGAGGUGAAAUGUCCGGUCACAGUGUGUGGAGAUGUACACGGACAGUUUCAUGACUUAAUGGAACUCUUCCGGAUAGGCGGCAAAUCUCCCGACACAAAUUACUUGUUUAUGGGUGAUUAUGUUGAUCGUGGGUACUAUUCGGUGGAAACGGUCACUUUGCUUGUGGCAUUAAAAGUACGUUAUCGGGAAAGAAUUACAAUUCUGCGCGGCAACCAUGAGUCUCGACAAAUUACGCAAGUUUACGGAUUCUACGAUGAAUGCCUGCGAAAGUAUGGAAAUGCAAACGUUUGGAAGUAUUUUACCGAUCUGUUUGAUUACUUACCACUGACGGCAUUAGUCGAUGGCCAAAUAUUUUGUUUACAUGGCGGUCUCAGUCCAUCAAUCGACAGUUUGGAUCAUAUCCGUGCUCUGGAUCGACUUCAAGAGGUGCCACACGAGGGCCCCAUGUGCGAUUUACUGUGGUCCGAUCCUGACGACAGGGGCGGCUGGGGCAUUUCACCACGUGGUGCCGGCUACACAUUUGGUCAGGAUAUUUCGGAAACGUUCAACAAUACAAAUGGACUGACACUGGUAUCACGCGCUCAUCAGUUGGUCAUGGAAGGAUACAAUUGGUGCCAUGAUCGGAAUGUUGUUACAAUAUUCUCAGCGCCAAAUUAUUGCUAUCGCUGCGGUAAUCAAGCGGCUCUAAUGGAAUUAGAUGAUUCACUUAAGUUUUCAUUCCUACAAUUUGACCCAGCACCUCGUCGUGGUGAACCACACGUCACACGAAGAACACCAGAUUAUUUCCUAUAAGAGAAUUCUUCACACAUUUACAUAUAUUAUACAUACAUUUAUAUAAAUGCAAAAAAAAAGGUCAGCAGAAAAGGCAACAAAUACAAAAUUAUUUAUAUAAAUUUAAUUCCAAACAUAAGAAAUGAAGGAAACAAUAAAAAAUAAGUAAAAUCAA